CUCUCAGGAGAAGAUAUCUCAGAGAGAGAGAGAGAGAGAGAGAGGGUAUAACAUAUAGCGGCGGCAGCUAUGGAAUGGUCUGAAGAGGUCACGCCCCUGCACUUCAUGGUAUGCUUCGCUUUACCUUUGGUGCUCCUGUAUGUUGUCGCUACGAGAAGACGAGGGAAGCUGCCCUUUCCGCCGGGGCCACCGCAGCUGCCCGUCAUCGGCAACAUGCUGAUGAUGGACCAGCUUACACACCGCGGCCUGGCGAAGCUCGGGGAGCACUACGGCGGCCUCUGCCAUCUCCGUCUUGGCUUCCUCCACGCCUUCGCGGUGUCCACGCCGGAGAUCGCUCGACAAGUGCUUCAGGUGCAAGACAACGUCUUCUCCAAUCGCCCGGCCACCAUCGCCAUCUCUUACCUCACCUACAACCGCGCCGACAUGGCCUUCGCCCACUACGGGCCCUUCUGGCGCCAGAUGCGCAAGCUCUGCGUGAUGAAGCUCUUCAGCAAGAAGCGCGCCGAGUCGUGGGCCUCCGUCCGUGAGGAGGUCGAUGUGGCCGUCCGCUCCCUCGCCGACCGCGCUGGCUCUGCUGUCAACGUCGGCGAGCUCUUGUUCAACCUCACCAAGAACAUCAUCUUCCGGGCGGCGUUCGGGACGCAGAGCCACGAGAACCAGAACGAGUUCAUCUCCAUACUUCAGGAGUUCUCCAAGCUAUUCGGCUCGUUCAACAUCGGGGACUUCAUCCCAUGGCUCAGCUGGAUGGAUCCGCAGGGCAUCAACAAGCGGCUCAAGGUGGCACGAGCGUCGCUCGACAGAUUCAUCGACAAGAUCAUCGACGAGCACAUGGCGAACCGCAAGGAGGCUGAUGCAUCCGAUGCUGACAUGGUGGACGACAUGCUCGCCUUCCUUGAUGAGUCCGGCUACCGCUGCCAAGCAGGGGAGAGAGAUGAUCUCCAGGGAACCCUCAAGUUGACCAGGAACAAUAUUAAGGCCAUCAUCAUGGAUGUGAUGUUCGGCGGCACGGAGACGGUGGCCUCGGCCAUCGAAUGGGCCAUGGCCGAGUUGAUGAAGAGCCCAGAGGACAUGAAACGGGUGCAACAAGAGCUGGCUCAUGUGGUCGGACUCGACCGGAAGGUGCACGAGAGCGACCUCGACAAGCUCUCCUUCCUCAAGUGCGUCACCAAGGAAACGCUCCGCCUCCACCCCCCCAUCCCUCUCCUCCUCCACGAGACCGCCGAGGACUGCGAAGUCGCCGGCUACACCGUCCCCGCUCGCUCCCGCGUCAUGAUCAACGUGUGGGCCAUAGGCCGGGACAAGUCCUCAUGGGAGGACGCCGACGCGUUCCGGCCGUCGAGGUUCACCCCCGGCGGCUGCGCCGCGUCUCUCGACUUCAAGGGCAACUACUUCGAGUUCCUACCCUUCGGGUCGGGCCGGCGCUCGUGCCCGGGCAUGCAGCUGGGCCUGCACGCGCUGGAGCUCGCGGUGGCGCAGCUGAUCCACUGCUUCACGUGGACGCUGCCGGACGGAAUGAAGCCCAGCGAGCUCGACAUGGGGGACGUGUUCGGGCUGACGGCGCCGAGGGCGGUGCGGCUUGCUGCCGUCCCUGCACCACGUCUCAGCUGUCCACUAUACUGAUCACUCUUCCACAAAGAAUGAGAGCGACGCGUUGGUGGGUGUGUU